AUGGCUCGUAUUUCCAUUGAAGAGCUUGAGGCAACGGAGAUGGAACUUUUAGAGGACUUGCCAUAUGUUCACAAGGUGGGAAUGCCUGCCAGACAAAAUCUCUUCGACGAAAUCACAGCAACUAUCAAGGAAACUUUCUUUCCAGAUGACCCUUUACGCGAAUUCAAAGGCCAAACUCGUUCGAAAAAGUUUAAGCUAGUUCUCCAAUCAAUUUUCCCAAUAUUAGAGUGGGGGAGAGACUACAAUUUAACAAAGUUCAAAGGAGAUAUUGUUUCCGGACUCACCAUUGCUAGCCUUGCUGUACCCCAGGAUAUUGGAUAUGCAAAGCUUGCAAAUCUUGCUCCCCAAUAUGGGCUUUACACUAGCUUUGUCCCACCAUUGAUAUAUGCCUUCAUGGGAAGUUCGAGAGAUAUAGCCAUUGGACCAGUUGCAGUAGUGUCUCUCCUGAUGGGCACCAUGCUCCGUAGUGUGAUUGAUCCUGUUAAUAUAUAUCAUACAUUACUGAAAUCUAUAUUUUAUGGUCCUGUCUCUAGAUUGGGAUUCUUGGUUGACUUCCUAUCCCAUGCAACUAUUGUUGGGUUUAUGGCUGGAGCUGCCAUUACAAUUGGUCUUCAACAGCUUAAAGGUUUUCUCGGCAUACAAAACUUUACACAGAAUACCGACAUUGUGUCUGUUAUGAGCUCAGUGUUUAGCGCAGCACCUCAUGGGUGGAGCUGGCCGAAUAUACUCAUUGGAGCAUCGUUCUUGAUUUUCCUUCUGGUUACUAAGUACAUUGCAAAGAAGAAGAAGAAGCUUUUUUGGGUGUCUGCAAUUGCACCAUUGACUUCUGUUAUAUUAUCCACUUUUUUUGUGUACAUUACCCAUGCACAGCAAAAUGGUGUUAUAAUUGUGAACCAUAUACAAAAAGGUAUCAAUCCGUCAUCUGUAAAUGAAAUUUAUUUCUCUGGGAAAUACCUAGUGUCAGGUAUUAAGGUUGGUAUCGUGGCUGGUGUGAUAGCAUUAACGGAAUCAAUAGCAAUUGGAAGAACAUUUGCAGCAGUCAAAGACUAUCAACUUGAUGGAAACAAAGAAAUGGUGGCAUUAGGACUGAUGAACAUUGUUGGUUCAAUGACUUCAUGUUAUACUGCGACAGGUUCUUUCUCUCGCUCAGCUGUGAACUACAUGGCAGGUUGUAAAACUGCUGUCUCCAACAUUGUGAUGUCGAUCGUCGUUUUACUAGUUUUAGAACUGAUUACACCUGCCUUUGAGUAUACCCCAAACGCUGUUCUUUCUGCUAUCAUUAUUUCGGCCGUAGUUAGCCUGAUCGACAUUGAGGCUGCACUGCUCAUAUGGAAGAUAGAUAAAUUGGAUUUCAUUGCUUGCCUAGGAGCCUUUCUUGGUGUAGUUUUUUACUCUGUUGAGAUUGGACUCUUGAUUGCAGUUUGCAUAUCCUUUGCUAAAAUACUCCUACAAGUUACAAGGCCACGGACUGCAAUACUUGGAAAUAUCUCCAGAACAACAGUCUAUAGGAACAUCGGACAAUAUCCAGAGGCGACCAAGGUUCCUGGUGUACUUAUUGUGAGAGUUGAUUCUGCAAUUUACUUUUCCAACUCCAACUAUGUCAGGGAGAGGAUAUUGAGAUGGUUAAUAGAUGAGGAAGAGCAACUGAAGGCCAAAGACCUACCAAGAAUCCAGUUCUUGAUAAUUGAGAUGUCACCGGUUACCGACAUUGAUACUAGUGGCAUCCAUGCCUUGGAAGAGUUGCACAGGAAUCUCCAGAAGAAAAAUGUUCGACUUGUCAUAGCAAAUCCUGGGCCGGUGGUGAUGGAAAAACUUCACGCAUCCAAGUUUACAGACAUGAUUGGCGAUGAGAAUAUCUUCGUCAAUGUCGCAGACGCUGUGGCAACAUAUGCUCCUAAGAUGGCAGAAGAAACCUGA